AUGAACUAACUAGCUGGUAAAGAAUAAUUGUUCUGGAGGGGGCAAAAAGAAUUAUAUCAAGAGCAUGCUUUCUAUAAAAGUAAGUAUAAAAUUGAUAGAGGGCUAUAAAAAGAGGAAACGAUUUUAAAAAAGCAUAGCAAUUAAAGAAAACAAUAUUUGCAGAAGAACAAAUUUAUAAAAAAUGUUGCUAUUCAACAAUUAAGAAUAAUCUAGAUCAUUCAAACUAUUAUUCGCUCGAAGGUAUUAAAUUUAUUAGCUGCGACUCUAGAUAAAUGGAACAAAUUUCAAGAAGCUUAGGAAACAUAUGAUUCAGUAAUUUAUAACAAUCCAGAACAUUGUGACUAUAAAUAUUAGAAAGGUAUAAUUAUAUCUGGAUGAUUUCUGAGCUAAUGCUCUAUGUAAAAUGAAGAGAUUUGAAGAGGCUUUAGAAAAUUAUAAUUCAGCAAUAUAGAAAAAUCCAGAAAAUUCAACUUAUUAUUUUAACAAAGGUAUAAUUCUAUCUGGAUGAUUUCUAAGCUAAUAUUCUAGAUAAUAUGAACAGAUUAAAAGAAGUUCUGGAGAAUUAUAAUUCAGCAAUUUUUAAAAAUCCAAACAAUUCAAAUUUUAUUUGUAAUAAAGGUAUUAUUAUUUUUGGAUGAUUUCUCAGCUUGUACUUUAGAUAGAAUGAAUAGAUUUGAAGAUGCUUUGGAGAAUUAUGAUUCAGCAAUUUAGAAAAAUCCAGACCAUUGUGAUUAUUAUUAUUACAAAGGUAUAACUAAAUCUGAAUGAAUUCUUAGCUAAUACUCUAUGUAAAAUGAAGAGAUUUGAAGAAGCUUUGAAGAAUUAUGAUUCAGCAAUUUAGAAAAAUCCAGAAAAUUCCAAGUAUUAUAAUAGCAAAGGUUUAAAUAAAUCUGAAUGCAUUAUUAGCUAAUACUCUAUUUCAAAUGAAGAGAUAUGAAGAGGCUUUNUAUUUUCUGCUUGAAAAUUAAACAACUAAAACAGAAUUCAGUUGA